UAAGGCGAGCAGCGUCGUGAGAUUGACGUGCAUAGCGCAUAAAGCCGAAGUCCAAAGUUCGAGAUCGCCUGACGCGUCAUGGCCUCUUGAACCCUGCCAAUCAUCACAUGUUCACGUGAAGCCUACAUAAAUGUCAACUGUACAAUACCACUCAAGAUAUUCUUGCACCACAUGGGCUAACCGUUAUCGAUUGCAAGAGGAAUGCCAAUGCAGACAUUCUCAGUCGUCGUACAGGCUGUGUAGUGCCCCGCUAUGGAUCCGAGGCCCCAGUACCUCCACUUCAUCUCACUUCAAACGGCAGCCUCACAAUAGCUGGUUGCGUAUCCGGUCUUUCUUACGUCCUUGAGCGGCGUGUUCAGCCCUUGUUACCAUCACAAAGUUUCUGAUACCGACUUCUCUCAUUCAAAAUGGAUCUUUCCCAGCCUGCCA